AUGAGGUAAUCCAUUAAGAAUUAUUUAAGCACCUCAACCAUGAAUUCUUCUUAAGUUUCAUCUUUAGGGAAUUCAUUAAUUAGCAAAGAUGGACCUAAAUUAGUAAUUGAAGGAAAGUACAACUAUUUUGUUGAUGUUUAGAUAAGAGGAGAUUAGCAGAAUCCAUACUAAAAUUGCAACAUAGGUGUUAACAUUUACUCUAAUAAAGAUAAAUCGAUAGCAAUUCCAGCUAAGUUUAAAUGGUUUAGAAUUAUUGGAGAAAGUAGAUAGUAUUUGAUGUAAGGAAUUACAUCUAAUACUUAUCAAUGUAGUGGUCAAGAUUUAUUCUCUAAAAUAAAAUGUGAAGUUUAUCCUUAGGAAGACGAAUUUUCUGGCAUCGCUUCAAUUACAUAUGGAAAUAUAGAACUAGAUCCUAGUGUUAAAAUAUAACUAUAAAGCUUGUUAGGUACUGGUGGCAGUAAAUUUUCAACAAAUCUUCUUAUAAAUGAAUAGGUAGGUAAAUAAAAGAGAUGCGUUAAAAUGGACGUGUUCCUAAAUAUGGAGUUCAUGAGAUUAGCAAUAAAUGAUUAAUCAAUUAAAUUUAGAUAUUCUCAUGAUUUCCCAUCUAUUGAAAUGAACUAUUUAGAUAUUACUAAGAUCAUGAUGUCUUUUAAUUCAGAAAAUAACGAUGUUACAGAAUAAAUUUAUUCAUUUUUACACAGAAAUAACGCUCUUCCUAUAUCUUCAUCUUCUACUUAUGCCUCUAAUGAAAAUAUUACUAUUGCAAUUUAGAUGGAUUCGAGAACUUAACGUGAUCUAUUGUACUUGUGUCAUAAAGCAUUUUCAACAAAAAAUUAUCUAAUUGAUAAUAGAAUUUUAAAAAAUUUAGAAAAUUCGUUAGAAGUAUGGAAUGAUAGAAAUUAAUAGAAUAUUUCUCAAACAGAUGUUUUUUUGCUGAUGGAGAGCAUAAGAAAGGAGUUAGAUAAUUUGAUUAAAAUAAACAAGUCCCUCUAGCAAGACAAAGAAUAUUAGAUUGAAGAAAAUAGCAAGCUUGAAGAAGAAAUAAAAUCAACUAUAGAGAUAUAUACAAAGAUGAUAGAGCAAAUUAAGGAGUCAUAGGAGGAUAAUUUCCAUAAAAAUGUUAAUUAAUCGAUGAUAUUGGAUUAGAGUCUCUAAGUUGUUUACUAAAUAAAAGAGGACAACGAUCUAAAAAGAAAAGUUAAGGUAUUAAUGACUGAUAAGGAAGCACUUUAGAACAAAAUUAAAAACCUUGAAUUCGAAAAUAAUAUGAUGAAGCAGACUAUGAUUGUGCCUGAAGAAGCUCGCUCAUAAAUUUUACGUGCAACAAAUUAAAUUAAAAAUUUAGAUUUAAAUUAGAGUAAUAUCUCAUUAUAAGAAAACGGAUAAGAGUAAAUAUAGGAAUUAAGAAGAUAAAUUAAGCAAUUGGAAGCACAAUUAAGAGAAUAAAAACUCAAUGAGAGUUUCAGUGAAUUUAGAAUUUAUGAAUAAAAAUACAAAGAAGAAAAAAUUCUUACUACAAAGUUGCAAGAAGAGAUAGCUCUUUUAAAAUAAGGAUUUUAAACAUAAGGAGCAACCUCAUAAAUACUAACCCAAAAAUCUGACAUGUAAUCACGGAUGAUAGGAUCUAAAAAGAUUAAAGGAAUAGCCUCACAAAGCAAUAUUCAAAUGCCACCUUUAUCAUAAACUCUAAAUGUUCAAGGCAUUAAAUAAUCAAGUUCUAAUUCAAAUUAAGAGAUUGAGUCAUUAAAAAAACUUAAUGACAGCUUGAUUAAGGAAAUAGAAAAUUUGAAGAGAGAAAAUUCUAAUUUGUAGGUAUAGGUAUCGAGAAUUAACUAUGAUAGCAAAAGCUCAUAAAAUACAGCUUAAAGACCUAAUCAUCUUCAAAAUACUAAAAAACCUAUUUAAAUAAGUUCACAGUUAUAGUCUCCUGUGAGCUAAUUUAAGUUUGGAGGUUCAGAUAAUGCUAAUAGCAACUCUAACUAUCAUAGUGCAGAGAAGAAUUUAGAUAAUAAAAAUUAAUAGUAAAUUAUAAACGAUUUGUAAACAGAAUUGGAGAUAACAAAGAACUAGCUCAAAAAAAUAAUGUAAGCUGAUUCAGCUAGAAAAACAUUGAUAACAUAAUUUGACUAAACAACUAAUGAAAAUCUUUAAAAUUAAAUUAUUUAAAAAGACAUCACUAUAAAUCAUCUACAAAAGUAGCUGCAAAUGCUAAAAAAUGAAAAAGACUUUAAUCCAAAUUAAGGUAAUUUGGAAAUGUCAUUCUUGAAUUAGUCUUCUAUUUUAGAAGAUGAUCUUAUACUUCCUACUUCUCAUGGAUAGUAAACUUUUAGAUUCUAUUAAGAAUCCAAAGAAAAAGAAAUUAUAAAUUUAAAGAUGCAAAUAGAUUAACUCUAAAGUAUGAAUAGACAAAAAAAAGAAAAUAUAAUGGGAUUGAGCAUACUUGAAGACACAGAGGCUAUAAAGUCAGAAAAUGCUUACCUUAAAGCAAAAGUUGAGUCUUUGCAGAAAGAAUUGCAAAAUAAAUUUAACGUCAAGCAACAUUAAGCUGAGUUGGAUUCUCUUUUAUAGUCUAACAAGAAGCUGAUUCAAGAAAAUUCUGAGUUGAGUUAGAAAAAUAGAAAAUUAAUGGAUGAAUUGGACAUUUUGAAAAACUCUUCUUAUUCUAAGAUAGAUCUUAGUAAUGCAUACGACAGAGGUAAUGAGAUUGAAGAGCUGCAAAAGAAAUUGGAAAAACAAACCAAAAUAAAUUAAAUUUUGAAUAAAUAAAUGAAAGAAAUGCAAGAAAACCAUGAAUAAGUUAUAGAUUUACAUAAUUAAUCCAUGUCAAGUAUUUUAAAUCCUUAGUCUAUUUAACAAAAAAACUCACUCGCUUCUCUGCUUGCUACAAACCAAAAAAUAAUUGAAGAAAAUGUACAAUUAGCUCAAAUGAAUAAAAAGCUAUAAGAAGAAUUAGAUUCAAUUAGAAAUCCCUCACAUUCACAGCUCGACAUUAGUAAUGUCUAUGAAAAAGCUAACGAAGCAUCAAGUUUAAAAAGAAAACUAGAUUAAUAAACUCAAUUAAAUCAAUUAUUGACUGAAUAAAUGAAGAAUUUGAAAGAAAAUUAUGAAAAGUUAAUAGAAUAACACUAGAAUGAUUCAAUGUCUAAUAUUCUUCAUUAGAUUAAUGGUGGUUCAUCCCCAUCAAAAUCUGAUUAGUUAGUUACUGUUAUGGAAACAAAUAAAAAGCUAAUUGAAGAAAUGGCAUCUCUCUCUGAUAUGAACAAAAAGCUCAUGGACGAAAUAGAAAUGCUUAGAAAUAUGUCACACUCUAGACUAGAUAUUUCCAGCACAUUUGAAAGAAAUGGAGACAAUGAAGUUCUAAAAUCUAAAUUAGAAAAAUAAACAGAACUGAAUGAGGCUUUAAUGUAGCAGAUGAAAGAAAUGAAAUAACAUUAUGAAUCUACUUUAUCUUAAUAAAGUUAAUAAAAUUAAGUUACACUAUAAAAUUAAUAGCAGUUUACUAAGUAAAAAUAACUAUUCUCUGAAUAAGUUAAAAAGCUAGAGGAAUUAUUAAAGAAGCAACAAGACAGGAUUGAAGAACUAGAAAAGGAAUAAGCUGAUUUGUAGUUAUUGUAAGCAUAAAGAAUGAAUAUGGAGUCUAAAGAAAAGCUUAUGAAUUAGAAUAAGUAGUAGUUCGAUCAACUUCUUUCUACUAAUUAAAGACUAUCAGAAUAAGUUCUUAAUUUAUAAUAAUAAAAUUAAUAAUUAUAAUAAGAAGUAGAUGAGCUACGUAAUCGUAGUAUGUAUCAAAGCAUUAUGACUGAUAGAAGUUCAAUUUAGAUAGCCCAUAACGAUAGAAUUGAAUAAUUAUAAGAAGAAAACCGUAUUCUUUCUGAGUAAAUUGUAGCACUUUCUAAAGUUUAACGUAACAGUCUUCCUCCAAUCGAAGGUAAUUCUACUGUAUCAAAGAAUGAAGCAAUAAAGUUACAUGAUCUUUAAGAAUAAAAUGAAAGAAUAUUGAGAGUAAAUCAAAAGCUUUUAACUGAAAAUUUACAAAAAGGAGAGAAAGAAGUGCAUAUGAAAAGAGAAUUAGAAGAUCUUAAAAGUAGAAGCUAACUAAGUAUGUCCAUGUCUUACAUUCAUGAUGAAGAGGAGCAAUCGAAACUCAGAAAAAUAUUACAAGAGCAAGUGCUUUCAUAUGAAAUAGAAAUUAAAUAGGUCUAAAAUGAAUUAUAAGAAAGUAAGAAGUAAUUUAGCCAUGAAAAAGAAAGCCUCAAUAAAGAAAUCCAAUAGUUAAAAAAUAAUGCCCAUUUACUCAAUUAAUAAGUCUAAGAGAAAGAGAUCCAAAUAAAAUAAAUAGAAAAUUUAACUACCUAAAAUAUUUAAAAAUAAUAUUAAUAUGAAAAUGCGAUCUUAAAAGCAUAAAUAAUUUAACUCAACGAAGAAAUAAGUCAAUAGAAGUUAAAAUGUGAAAAUAUCUCUAAGUAAAAUGAAAAUAGUUAAGAAAUUAACUUGAAUUUAAUAUAAUUAUAAGACUCAUUAAAAGAAAAGGAAAUUUUAAUCAUUAAUUUGGAAGACUAAGUUAAGUAAUUGCAAUUGGAAAAAAACAAACUGUUUUAGAGUUCUGAAGAAUUAAAAGUUAUUCAUUCUUAACAAGUUAACUAAUUAAAAUUGUCUUCUUAGCAAUAAUGCGAAUAAUUAAAAAAUGAAUUAAACACAUAAAUUUUAGACUUGUAAAAUCAAGUAAAUUAAUUGCUUUAAAAGAAUGAAAGACUUGCUAAUUAGAAUUCUGAAUACAUCUAAGAUCAACAAGAAAAAGAGAAUUUAGAAAGGUAAUUAAAGGAAAUGAGUGAAUAAAUAGAAUAGCAAGAAUAGGAAAUAUAAUAAUAAUAGCAAUUAAUUGAGUUGUUGCAUGAGCAAAUCUAAGAAAAAGAGAAUAUUAUAUCUCAAGAUCAAUAAAAGUUUAACGAAGCCACUCAAACCAUUAAAUAAAACGAAUAAGAAUACUUAAAUUUAAAAAAAUAACUUGAUGAUGUAGUUUCUAAGAAUAAUAAGUUAGAGACUGAAUUGUAUGAAAAAUCAUAACAAAUUUAAAUCAGAGGAAAUGAGAAUUAAGAACUAAUUUAAAAUUUGUAAAAAAAUAAUUAAUAAUUAGAAUAAGAUAUUUUGGAUUAUAAAAAGAAAGAAGAUGAGCUUAAUUUAUUGAUCAAAGAUUUAUAAUAGAAAAGCAGUGAAAAAGAAACAUAAUUAUAGAUUAAUUUUAAUUAACUUGAAAGCUUAAAAAUAGAUAACGAAAAAUUAAAUACUACGAUCGAUUAGCAAAAUCAAGAUAAUUAAAAGAUAAAUGCCAGUAUGUAAGAAACUAUCAAUAAAUUGUAAAAAGAAAAUGAAUAACUGUAAAAAGAAUUAAUGGAUAAAAUUUCAAAAUUCUAAACAUAAAUAAUGAGUUAGGAACAAAAAAUUACUUAGAGUGAUGAAGAUUAUUUGCUUCUAUAAGAAGAAUUGAAUUAGUAAAAUAUUCUGAUCUAAGACCUUUAGAAUGAAUUAAAAAUAUAAUAGGAGAAAAACUAGGAACUUAUCUUAAAAUUGAACGAGUAAUAAAGUGAAUAUGCUAAGUUAAUUGAAGUUAGUGGUGAAUCUGAAGAGAAAGUCAAAAAAUCUCGCAAAGAAUAAUCUAACUUACAAGUUUCUUAUAAUGAAGUUUUAAAUGAAAAAAAUAUUUUGUUAUAGAAAUUAGAAGAACUUCAUUAAUAGAGCAAUAUUAAUUUAAAAAAUUAUGAAGUAACAAAGUAAAGUCUAGAUUAAGUUAUAUAAGAGAGAUAACAAUUAGAAAAUGCAAAUCAAACCAUGUAGAAUUAGAUUAAAAAAUUAGAGGAAAAUCAUCUAGCAUAAAGUAAGAACUACGAAGAUUAAUCUUAAAAUUUUAAAAACUAAGUAUCUCAAUUAGAAUUAGAAUUAGAAAACGAAAGAGAGAGCAAUAAAAAGAAAGUAGAAUAAAUUUAGCUAGGCUACGAAAAUUAAAUAGUAAAAUUAGAAAAAUAAAUUGAAAGCUUAAUUGGAGAAAAAGAAAUUCUUAUUGAACAGGUAAAUAAAGUUUAAGAAGAAAGAGACAUUGAAAAAAAUGAGAAUUUGAAAAAAAUUGAGCUAAAUUAAAUAAACAUAGAAGAAAAAUAACAAAAAAUUAAUAAUUUAUAGGAAGAAAUUUAGUAAAAUUAAGAAUAAUUUAUGUAAACUAUCAAAUAAAAAGAACAAAUUAUCUUAAAUUUAAGAGUUUAAGUUGAUGAUAUUAGCAAUUUGCAAGAAUAAAUUUCUUAAUUAUAAGAUGCUUUGUAAGAAAAGUAACAAAUCAUAGACUAAAUUGAAAAAGAAAAUAUUUAACAAAUUUAUGAGGAAACCUUAAUUUAAAAGAAUGAGCUGUUAUCUAUCAAUAAUAAACUAAAUUAAGAAAAGUAAGAACUUCAAAAAGCUAUUGAAAAUAUAAAUUAGGAAAUUUAAUAAAAAUCUAAUUAAAUAGACCAUUUAUAGACUUUAAAUAAUGAAAUAAAAACUGAACUAGAGUAGAAAAAUGGAAAAAUUAAAAGCUAAGAAGAUCAGAUAGCAGAAAAUAUUUAAAAUAUUUAAGUUUUAAAUACAGAAAAUAACUAGCUUAAGGAAGAAUUCAGUCUAAAAUUAAAUGCUUACAAAUCUGAAAAUAUUGAAUAAAUAAAUUAAUUGACUGCUGUCUUUGAGAAUGAAAAAACAUAAUUAGAAAAUGCUAUUAAAUAAUAAAAAGAAAUAAAUCAAAACUUAGAAAAUUAAGUUGUGAAUUAAAAUUAAAAUAUUAUUAAAAUGUAACAAGAAAAUUAAUUAAUUCAAAGUGAGAGUAUAGAAAAACAAAAGAGAGAAUUUACUGAAUUACUUAAAUAACAAGAUGAAAAGCUAUUAAAUUUAAGAAAUUAAUUUGAAGAUUCUAAAGAAGAGAAUUAAUUACUAAGAGAAUAAAAUGAAUAAAAAAAUCAAAAUAUAUAAUAGUUACAAUAAGAAAUAUAAUCAUUAUAAUAGUAAUUAGAUAAUUUAAUUAAUGAAACAUCAAUUUUGAGAACUGAAAAUUCAGAAUAGAUUUAAAACUUAAAGAAGGAAAGAGAAGAGUUUUUAUUGAAAAUGGAGUAACUGGUAGAAGCUAUCAAUAAAUUGAAAAAGACUUCAGCGAAUGACAAGUAAAUCAUGUAAAAAGAGCAGGAAGAACUUCAAAGCAAACUUGCUUUAGUAGUUAGCUAAGCCCAAAUUAAUGUAAACACUAUUGAUGAAUUAAGGUAAACUAAAUAAUAACUUGAAGAUUAAGUUUUGUUAUUAACUAAACAAGCAGAUUCUCUUACUUUAUAAUCAAAAAUGUCUGAAUCUUAAUUCACCGAAGAAAUGAAAAAGCAAAUCCUUAUCUUUGAAUAAGAGAAAAUUAAUUUUGAAAAAACAAUAUCUCAACUUGAAUAAAAGUUAGCUGAGAAUGAGCUAGAUUCAAGUAAUUAGAUUUAAUUAUUAUAAGAAGAAUAACAAAAGAUUGUUAAUCAACUUUAAGAAUACAAAAAUAUGUACUAGACUGAGAGAUAGCAGAAUGAGCUAAAUACAUAGUCUUUGUAAUAAUAGUUUGAGAUAUGUGAAAGAUAAAAGUUAUAAAUUGAGGAAAUAUAACAGAGACUUGAAGAUAUAGUUGAAUAAAAUAAGGAGACUAAAAAUGAAUAUAAUGAACUCUCUGUACAAAAGAUGUCUCUUGAAUAACUAUUUGAAGAGUAAAGAGGAGAAUUUAUAAAAGAGAGUGAUAGAAACUAAAAACUGGAGAAUGCUAUUAAAAAUUUAGAAAGUGAAAACAAAAGCUUAAAAGACAAACUCGAUAAUUUAGAUUAAAACUAUUCAAAUUAAAUUUUGGAAAUUGAAAAUGAAAGAAAUAAAUGUUUGCAAUACGAACAUGAAAAUUAAAGCUUAUAAGAAAAAUGUUUUUCUUAUCAAAAUAAAAUAACUGAAUUAGAUGAAACAAAGAAAAGUUUAAUUAGAUAGUUAGAAGAAUUUAAAAUACAGAUUAAAGAUGAGCAAAGUACUGUUUAGACUUUAAAAUUAGAAAUUUAAAAAUUAAUUAAGUAAAAUGAGGAUCUGCAAAAAGAGAAUUAAGAUAUUAUUGAGAAUUAGGUAAAUGCUUAAUUAGAUAUCUUAGAAAAGUAAAAUUUCGAUCUUUAGCAAUUAGCAUAAUUUAACAAUUAGAUAAAAGAAGAACUUAAACUAAAAAUAAUAUCGAUAGAAGAAAUGAGUGUGGUAAUUGAUGACUUAAAAGCAUCAAAAUUAUAACAAGAUAACUAAAUUUAAAUAAUUCAAUAAUAACUUUAAGAAAGUGAGUAAAUUAAUUCUUAAUUACACUCUUAAGUUGAAAACUAUCAAGAAAAUAUUAAAUAAAUUUAAGAUACUCUUGAAUAACUCAAAUAGGAGAAACAAGAAAUUACAAAUUAAUCAGAAUAAACAGAAAAAGAUCUUUAGUUAGAAAUUUAAAAGUUACUUUAAUAAAUUGAGGAGUAAAAUCAAAACUUUUAAGUUUAAAUCAAUGAAUUAAGCAAUCUUGGUGCAAAUAACAAAUUAGUUAUUUAAGAAAAAUAAGAAUUGUAGAAAAAUAUUUAAGAUCUCAAAGAUUAAUUAAAAACAACUCAAUCAAAUAACAAAUAAACUAUUCAAAGUUUAUAAGCAAAAAUAGAAGAACUCACCACAUAAAUAUGUUAAUAAAAUGAACUAAACAACUAACUCAAAAGCUAAAACCAAUAAAAUAUUCAUCAAAUUGAAGAACUUAAUAUUAAAAAUAACUUUUUAAAUAAAACCUUAAAAGAGCAGGUCGAGUAACUAGAGUAAGAAUUAAACUCAGUUUAAGAGAAAUUGGAAGAAAAAAAUAAAAUUUCUAAAGAACAAUAAAAUUAAUUUGAGGCUUUAUAAGAAAACUGCGUCUAAUUAAAUUAAAAAAUUUAAGACCUUUAAUUAAAUAAAUAGAAUUAAGAACAUCAAAUAUAGUAACUUUAAAAUUAAUUGAAUGUGUUUGAAAAAGAGAAUUUGUUAUAGAAAGAGUAAAUUUCUGCUAAAACUAAAGAAGCAAAUGGCUUAAGAGAGGAAUUAGAUGUAAUAAAUAGUUAGAAAAAUUUAGAGCAAACAGAAUCAUCUAAGUAAUUAUAAGAGUUCUGCUAAUAGAUGGAAACUAUAACUAGAGAAAAAAAUCAAAUCAAACAAGAAUUAGAAUAAUUUUAAUUAGAUUCUUCCAACCAAUCAAAAAGUGAGAGAUAGCAAAUUAAUUAGCUAGAGAGUGAACUAGCACAAAUAAAACAAAGGGAGCAAAAGUAAAAAGUUAUUUUGGAAGAAAAUAGCAAAAAUCACAAAAUAGAAAAAGAGGAGUUACAACAACAAAUUAAACAAGUAAAUUCUGUAUUGAAAGCUGAAUAAGAAAAUUUCAUCUAGAAAGAAAAAAGUUUAAAUUAAGUGAUAAAAGGACAUUCUGAAUAGAUAGAAUAAUUAUCUAAUGAAUAAAAAGCUUUGUAAAAUUAAUUAAACUUAAAGAACCAAGAAAUAGCAGGAUUAAUUUUGUAAAUGAAGAAUAAAGAAGAACAGCAAUAAUAAUUAUCAUAGAAAAUAGUUUAACUUAAUUAAGAUAUAAGUAAUAUAACUGAGCAAAGUAAUAUAAAGAUUUAGAAUGGUGAAAAGCUUAUUGAAGAGUUAUAAGAGUUAAAUAAUUCAAAUCAUGAAAAACUAAAUGAUUUAGAAAGUAAGUUAAAAGCUUAACAAUAAACAAUUAAAAGCAGUGCUUCUGAGUAUUAGAAAAAUAUUAAAUAAUUGCAAGAUAAUUUGUAGAAGUAAACAAACGUUAAUUCUGAGUUAGAAAAGCAAAAUUAGGAAAAUUUAAAGCUUAUUAAAUAAAAAGAUAAAUAAUUGGAAGAAAUAAAUACUCAGAAAGAAAAAAUGAGCUCAUAAUAUUAAGAAGAAAAAGAACAAUCUUAAAUAAUUAACAAAAAGUAUCAACAAUAAGACUAAGAAUUAAAAUAAUUGCUAGUUAAAUUAGAAAACUAUGAAAAACAAGAAUAGGAAAUCAAAAAUAAAUUGAUAAAUGUAGAAGAAGAAAAAUCUAAAUUAAUUGAUUCAUAAAAUAUUUUAGAAGUUAAAGUUUUAAAUUUGGAAGAACACAUUAAAAGAAUAUAAGAAGAGCAUUCAUGUAAAACAAAAGAGUUUGAGAAUAAACAAAAUGAGUUAUUACAAAGUAAUACAUUGCUAUCAAAACAAAGUGCUAACUUAGAAGAUGUUUAUAAACAAUUUGAAUUAAAGUAGAAUGAUUUAUUAAACUUAAUUUAACUCUUAGAGAAAGAAAAAUAGGAAAAAGAGUCUGCAAUUUAAAAUUUGGAAGAAAUUAAAAAGUAAUUAAUUAGUUAAAAUAAAUAAAACCAAGAAAAAUUAAAUUAAGCUGAAGCAGAUUUGAAAAAUCAAGUUUAGCUAAAUAAAGAACUUGAUAAUUCUAAGAUUUAAUUAGAAAAAAUGUUAUCAGAACUCUAAAAUAAAAUCGAAUAAAAUACUCAAAAUGCAAAUAGCAUGAAAGAUCAAUUAAAAAAAUUACAAAUCUAAGUUGACGAUUAAAAUAAAUAAAUUAACAGCGAAAAAGCUAAAGCUGAUGAACUGAAAUCAACUAUUGAAAACCAAGUAUAAAAAAUAUCUGAAUUAUAAAACAAAAACAAUCAAAUUAGCAAAGAACUUAACCAAGAAAAAGCAAGUGCAUAGGAUUUAAAAGAAUAAUUUAAUAAUUAAAAAUUAGUCUUAGAGUAAUAGCAAAAGGAAAAUAUAAACACCAGUAAUAACUUUAAGGAAACAAAUAAAUAAUUGCAAGAAUAAGUCAAACUUUUGUAAAGUGAAAUUAACUAAUUAAAGUAACAAAACGAUAAGCUGAAUGAUAAACAUCAAAAAGAACUAUUAACCUAGGUAUCUAUCUUAGAAGAAUUGCAAUCUAAAAUUAAAAGUUAAACAGAACAAAGUUCUAACUAUUAAGAAUAAAUUAAAUAAUUAAGUGAUAAAAAUAUUUAAAAUGAAUAAGUUAUUGAUUAGUUGCUUUGCAAAAGCAAAGAUUUAGAAACAAAAUUCAUCUUGGAACAGGAAGAGAAUCAAAAAUUAGUUAAUGAUUAUGAAGAAAAGAUGAAUUAGCUCGAAUUAGCUAAAUCUGAAGAAGUUAAUAGUCUGAUAGAACAAUUUAAAUAAGAAAAGAGUCUUUGGAACGAACUUAAAAAUGAAGAAAAUGGUAAGAUAGAAAGUGAAAGGAAUGAAUUAAAGACAAAAAUGUUUGAACUGUUUGAAUAAGUUAAAGUACUCUAGAUGGUUGUUAGUGAUAAAGAAAGCGAAAUAAACACAAUUAAACAAUCUCAUAAAGAAGAACUAGAUUAAAUAUAAUUAGAAAAGCAAAAAUAAAUAGAAUAGCUAGCAUAAUAAAAGAGUAAUCUAGCUUAGUAAAUAUUUGAAUUAACUAAUUAGCUAUAAAAGCUUUAAGAAGAAAUAGAUCUCAACAGAUCGUCUUACUCUCACAAUUCUUCAAUGAUUGAGGAUUGA